UUUUCUUCAACUUUUUCGAAACAUGAAUUCCGUAAGCAUCUAUCAUUCUGAGCUUCAGUUUACUUUUUUAUGCUAGCUUUUGAUUUCAUUAUUCUCUCACCUGAUUGCGUCAUUAUCCAUAUUUCCCUUAUGUCUCCAGCACUAUUAGUGGAGUUUAUUUUUAUUGAUUGUAUCACCUUCAGCUUUCUCACAAAAUUUUUAGGAAGAGUAAAAGGUUGAUUCAAUAAUCGAAAGUGAGCAAUUGGAAGCUUAAUAAUCUUAUUUUUGGAUGCAUGCAGCUGGUUAGAACUAACUUUUGACUGGCUUUUCUUAUCAGUUGUUGGCUGAAGCAUUCUCUUUGAAUGGUUAGAGUAG